AUGAGCUGCCCUGAGUCGCAGAAGGCAGUAAGUGGGAAGAGUGCCGGUUCCCCACAAAAACGAGUUAUCUUCAAGAAAAGCACCCGUGAUAAAGCUCUGACCAUCUACCUGGGAAAGCGAGACUUCAUUGACAACAUCAAGAGCGUGGAGGCUGUUGAUGGUGUUGUACUGGUGGAUCCUGCACUCAUCAAGGGGAAAAAAGUGUACGUGACGCUGACCUGCGCUUUCCGCUACGGCCAGGAAGACAUCGAUGUGAUGGGCCUCACCUUCCGCAGGGACCUCUUCUUCUCCAGGCUCCAGGUGUUCCCGCCCGCUGACCAGCCGGACACGCUCUCCCACUUGCAGGAAUCUCUGUUAAAGAAGCUGGGCAAAAACGCUUACCCCUUUCUUUUUACAUUUCCAGAUUACCUGCCUUGUUCAGUCUGCUUGCAGCCUGCACCUCGAGAUGUUGAUAAGGUCUGUGGGGUAGACUUCGAGGUGAAGGCUUUCUCAACAGAGAACGUGGAAGAGAGGAUUCACAAGAGGAACUCGGCACGCCUGUUGAUCCGUAAGGUGCAGUUUGCUCCGGAGGAGCUGGGACCCCAGCCGUGUGCGGAGACCACCUGGCAGUUCUUCAUGUCCAACAAGCCGCUGCACCUGAGGGCGUCUCUCAGUAAAGAGGUGUACUACCAUGGCGAGCCCAUUCCAGUCACCAUCACUGUCACCAACAGCACAGAGAAAACAGUCAAGAAGAUCAAAGUGACCGUGGAGCAGGUUGCCAACGUUGUUUUGUACUCAAGUGACUACUAUACCAAAGUGGUAGCUGCAGAGGAAGCUCAGGAGAAGGUGCAGCCAAACAGCAGCCUCACCAAGACACUGACACUUCUGCCCUUGCUAGCAAAUAACCGGGAGACUCGGGAAAUAGCCCUGGAUGGAAAGUUAAAGGAUGAAGACACCAACCUGGCUUCUAGUACCAUAAUUAAGGAUGGAAUAGACAAGACGGUGAUGGGGAUUCUGGUUUCCUACAAGGUCCGAGUGAAACUCACCGUCUCCGGCAUGCUGGGAGACUUCACCUCCAGUGAAGUGGGCACAGAGCUGCCCUUUCGUCUCAUGCACCCCAGACCUGAGGACAAGAACCCAGCAGUGAUGCAGAGCUGGUAUUUGAGGAGUUUGCUCGUCAGCAGCUAA